GGCUCACUGGCAGUGAGUGUAGUGGAUUUUCCUGUGAUCAGUACAUGAUGGACAAGUUAUUUCUGUAAUACCUUUGUCUCCUUAGGGUGCCUUCAAAAAACCCCAAAAAGCCCAAUCAAAACAGUGGCUUCAGAGGGAUCUUCUGGGCCAGUUACAUCCAAGGCAGAGGUCAACUCUGAAAGUUAUGGCCGUUCUUGAGAGUUCUAAAAAGUCAGCAGAUGCCCAUGGGUUGACAGCAGAGGAGAGGAGCCAAGUUAUCCUGGACCUUAAAGCAGCAGGAUGGUCGGAAUUAAGUGAGAGAAACGCCAUCUACAAAGAGUUCUUGUUCAAAAAUUUUAAUCAGGCCUUUGGCUUUAUGUCCCGGGUUGCCCUCCAAGCAGAGAAGAUGAAUCAUCACCCGGAAUGGUUCAACGUGUACAACAAGGUUCAGAUAACGCUCACCUCGCACGACUGUGGAGGACUGACCAAAAAGGAUGUGAAACUGGCCCAGUUUAUUGAAAAAGCAGCUGCUUCUGUGUGACUUCUCCACGUGCAUGUCAACCUAGCACACGUAUUAGCUACAGCAUAAUUUGAAGGCAAUUUACCCAGAUGAAUGAAGCUGUAAAUUUAAUUGACCAUGAUACCAUGUUUUGUAAAAUGAGUGCUUAAAUACAAAAUAAUUUAAACUUGA